GCCCCAAGUCGCCUCCGCCCGUGCGCCUCUAUGCCCGGCCGGCCAAGCAGCCCUUGAGAGGGGGAGAGGCGCUCUUCCCCGCCGCUGCGCUUGGAUUUACCGCUCGGGAGGCCGGGACACCCCCUUUCACCCUCCCCCGGGGUUUAUAUAUAUAUUUUUAAAUUUGAGUCUACACACUUUUUUUGGGAUACUGGACGCCAUGUUGUGGAAACUAGCAGACAAUGUCAAGUACGAAGAUGACUGCGAGGACCGCCAUGACGGGAGCAGCAAUGGGAAUCCGAGAUUACCCCACCUCUCCGCUGUCAGUCAGCAUUUGUAUAGCCCGGCUCCCCCCCUUUCUCACUCCGGGGCCUCAGAUUUCCAACCCCCCUACUUCCCUCCCCCCUACCAGCCUCUGCCUUACUCUCAGUCUGGUGACCCUUAUGCACACCUUGGAGACCCCUUCUCUAUCAACUCACUCCACCAGCCGCCUCCGCCUCCACCUAGCCAGCAACAGACCAGCUGGCCCAACCGUCAGACCAGCCAAGACCCUUCGAGCUUGUCCCACCAUGCCCGGCCGGGGUUGGUCCCCCAUCUCCCAGCUCUGGAAAGCGGCUCUGCUGGGGCGAGGAGGGAAACGUACAGGCGUUCUGAGCUGCUCUUGUCUCAUGGCCACGGUCUUGAUGCUUCCAGCCUGGCGGAAAACCUCGGGCUGCAUGACAUGACGCACCAGAUGGAAGAGGUCCAGAAUGUGGAAGAUCAACAUUUAUUAAUGCAUGACCAGACAGUCAUUAGAAAAGGUCCCAUUUCAUUAACAAAAAACAAUGCGUUAGGUCUCCCUUGCCAGAAGGAUGGACUCAUUGGAGUGGUGAUCAAUCCCAACGAAGUCUUCUGUUCUGUUCCUGGACGGCUUUCUCUCUUGAGCUCAACGUCGAAAUACAAAGUGACAGUAGCUGAAGUUCAAAGGCGGCUCUCCCCUCCGGAAUGUCUGAAUGCUUCCUUGCUGGGGGGUGUUCUCAGAAGAGCUAAAUCUAAAAACGGGGGCCGAUCGUUAAGGGAGAAGCUGGACAAAAUUGGUUUGAAUCUUCCAGCUGGCAGAAGGAAAGCAGCGAAUGUGACGUUACUGACAUCAUUGGUGGAAGGUGAAGCUGUGCACCUCGCUCGCGACUUUGGCUAUGUGUGUGAGACUGAAUUUCCUUCCAAAGCGGUGGCUGAAUACUUAACCCGGCCGCAUCUGGGUCGCAACGAGAUGGCAAGCAGGAAAAACAUGCUGCUUGCUGCAAAGCAGAUCUGCAAAGAAUUCACCGACCUCCUCACUCAGGACAGAACCCCCCUCGGUAACGCAAGACCCAGCCCCAUCUUGGACCCAGGCAUCCAGGGCUGCUUGACUCACUUCAGCCUCAUCACGCAUGGCUUUGGGAGCGCUGCUAUCUGUGCCGCCAUGACGUCCGUCCAGAACUACCUGAACGAAGCACUAAAAAUCGCAGACAAAACAUACAUGAACGCAGGGGACCAGAGUCCCGCAGAAACCAACAAAAGCAUUGAGAAGAUGGAUAAGCAUCGGAACUGCUGUUAUCCAUUCAUUGUGGGACCAGGUACCGGAAGAUAACAUGGAUACGAGUUGGUUUUGAAGCAGAAAAAAGUGGUGCUAUUUGUGGGGGAGGGGGAAAUGGGGAAGAAGUUAAUGUGGUAUUUCUAGAUGCUGUGGGGGGAGGUCUAUCCCAUCCUAUAUGUGCACUUGUUUACCUCUCUAUUGACAACAGCCCCUGCACAUGAGGGCAUAGGGCUGCCAAGUCCCCUUUCCCUCCAGGCGAGAGGAAGGGGGCCUAGCACUCACCUUUGGAAUACCUCUGUGCACGCGCCUGUUAUUGAUGUAAGUCUCAGUUGAAACAUUAAACUUUUUAUGAACUCGGAAUCUUGGAAAUUCUUCUGAGGCAGAGUUUUAUUCAUGACCCUGCAGUCAGCAUUUCCAUGAUAUCCUCUUUUUUUGGGGGGGGGGAUUUAUAAUGUAGCUAUAAAACUUCAUUCAAGGAUGAAAUUUGGGACCUUCAUUCAUCUCCUCCCCAAGGGAGAUGAUCCUACUCCAAGUAUGAAAACAAAUGUUAAUGUUCUGGAAAUGGACUUACACAAUAACAUCACACAGGCCGCUGGACUGUUCCCGUGUUUCGCAGCAGGCUGAUUCUUAAUUAACAACAACAACAACAGCAACAUUUGAUUUAUAUACUGCCCUUCAGGACAACUUAAUACCCACUCAGAGCGUUUUACAAAGUAUGUUAUUAUUAUCCCUACAACAAACACCCUGUGAGGUGGGUGGGGCUGAGAGAGCUCCAGAGAGCUGUGACUAGCCCAAGGUCACCCAACUGGCUUCAAGCGGAGGAGCGAGGAAUCAAACCCGGCUCUUAAAGAAAUGGCCUGUUUGGGGCCCAAAUCAGCCCAGCACGACGUGUGGGACCACUGUCAUAGCUUGCACAAUGAUGUCGCUCUUGGAAGUAACGUCACUGCAGGAGCCCCAUUCCCACACCUUUCCCCCUCGCCAGCUAGGUGAGUGGUGGUGGGGAACUGAGGCUGGCAGCGGGGGAUCCCCUGGCAACCCUAUGUGGUCAACAUGUGGAACAUGGCAAGCAGGAUGAGUCUGUGGGAAAUACGCAUGGAUUGACUUCUCAGGUCCAUAAUUAGGUGCAUUGUAGAGUCCUACAUGCACUUAGUGGGGGCGGAGGAAGUAGUUGAAGGGGCUUCGUUGAGCCCUGCAUGGAUUUGAGGCGAGAAUUGAGCUUCUGACAAGCUGAGAGCCUUCUGGUACUUAAAAAGUGUCAAGGUGGUCUAUAUAUUUGGAACCAGGCAAUAGUACAGUGUGACAGUAUUAGCUUCAGGGUUUCGGAAUUACUGGCAAAUUGCCCGGGAUUGUAACCUAAACAAAAGGUCCCACAAGAAGCUUGGUAAAAUGAAUUCAUUCUUAAUAGCCUGGCAUUUUGAAUGCUUGGUAAUAAUGUCUUGUAUAUCUUGAUGCGUGCUUCAGACUUCUGGGGAUGAUCCAAGAAAUGUUCCUGCAGCUCAUAUGUGAAUGGAACGGAGCUUUUGUCAAGGCUGAAAUGAACUUCGCAGCAUUAAAGCAGAUUGUGAAAGUCUUUUUUUACACAAGGGCACCCCCACCUAGUCCCCCAUCUAAACGGGGGAAAAAAUUACUUUUACAGUGCAAUCUUAAGCAGAGUUACUCUAGUCUAAGGCCAUUGAUUUCAAUGGGCUUAGACUGGUGUAACUUCGGAUUGCACUGUAAGAAACUAUUUUUUAAAAAAUGAGGAUACUGCAGCUUUAUACACCUUCUGUGUUUUUUAAAAUAGGAAAAAACUUGAAAAGCAUAGGCACAUAAUUUUUAAUAAAUUUUUUUGCCUAUAUAGGCCAAAAAUUAUAUAUAUAAAUAUAAAUAUAUAUAUAUAUCCAGGGAAGUUUUAUGUGUAUAAGGGAAAGCAAGUGUGUUGAAUGUACAUAUUUAUUUAUGUUGUAAUUUAAUGGGAUUUGUAAAUAAUGGUGAACUUUUUAAUACUUUUUUUUAUAAAUGGGCUUCAAAUUUUAAAUUUUUUUUCAACAAGGUAAUGGGUAAGCUCGAUAUAUUGCUAAGUUUAUGCACAGGUCAGUGUAUGCUGGGUAUUUAAGACUUUUUACAGAAAAAAUGUCUCUAUUCUUGCCACUGAAGAUUAGAUAGAAUCUGAGGUGUAUGUCGACAAAGCAAUAACUUUGUGUAUCAGUAGCAAUUUGAAAUGAGUGUGUGAGGUGCAGUGUGUAUGUGGAGAGGGGGGGGCAAAAAUUAAUGGAAGUCGAACUAUCCAAUUCCCCCCACCCCUAUCUGUAAAUGUUUCCCUACCACCAUGCUGUUGUAUAGGAUAACUAUAAUAAAAAUAUUCUGG